AAUAAGGCUAAUAUCACUUCAUUCACCAUACACUAGCAUAUCACAACAGCAUUACUUUUUAUCCCUUACCAUGCCAAUGAGUAAUAUAGAUCAUAUCGGUAUUUCUGCGCCAAAAGAUGAAUUCGAAAAUGUGAUCAAGUGGUACAAAGCAGCGCUCGCCCCCUUGAAUUACAGAGAGAUCAUGCGCUUCCCGGGCGCUGUGGGGUUGGGCAAUGAAGGCCCAGACUUCUGGAUCACAGAGCGAGAGUCCAAAACACCACAAGAACUUCAUUUUGCAUUCAUGGCUCCUGACCAUGCCACUGUCAAUGCCUUCCACCAGGCUGCCCUUGCCGUCGGCGGCAAAUGCAAUGGCCCCCCUGGAAAACGACCGCAGUAUCAUGAAAACUACUACGGUGCGUUUGUUUUGGAUCCGCUCAAUAAUAAUGUAGAAAUGGUUGAUCACUGUUCUCAUGAGGAGGAGUAUCGUUGACUUUGAAGUCGUGGGUUUUCUAUAAGGACUUUGGUUCAAAAGCAUUUGACCCUCCCUGGCUUGAGUCACGCCUAGGAUAUGGUUCGCUGAGAAUGACCUUUCUUUGUAGCUGAACUAACAGAUACUAUUGAAAAUAUAUCUGGGUAUUUGACCAUUUGCGAAAAUGUCUGUGAUCUCCAAUCCUAGUGCAGUCAAUAUAUAUGCC